CGGGGGAGGGGCUGCGGCCGCCCGGCCUCCUCCACACUGGGAGCGCCGCGGGGCGAAGACGGAGCGCAGCCGAAGCCGCAGCCGCAGCCGCAGCCGCAGAGGGAGCCGAGGAGCGCACCGAGCCGGCCAUGGGCAAGUCAGCCUCUAAGCAGUUUAAUAAUGAGGUCCUGAAGGCCCACAAUGAGUACCGGCGGCAGCACGGCGUCCCCCCACUGAAGCUCUGCAAGAAGCUCAACCAGGAGGCCCAGCAGUAUUCUGAGGCUCUGGCCAGCACGAGGAUCCUCAAGCACAGCCCGGAGUCCAGUCGCGGCCAGUGCGGGGAGAACCUGGCCUGGGCAUCCUACGAUCAGACAGGAAAAGAGGUGGCUGAUAGAUGGUACAGUGAAAUCAAGAACUACAACUUCCAGCAGCCUGGCUUCACCUCGGGGACUGGACACUUCACAGCCAUGGUGUGGAAGAAUACGAAGAAGAUGGGUGUGGGAAAGGCAUCUGCCAGUGACGGGUCCUCAUUUGUGGUGGCCAGAUACUUCCCAGCAGGGAAUGUUGUCAAUCAGGGCUUCUUCGAAGAAAAUGUCCUGCCUCCGAAGAAGUAAUUUAUUACAUGUAAUGGGAAGGUGACAGACUUAAGAACAUGGAUAUCAAGUGCCUAGAAAAACAAAAAUUCAGCUGUGUGUUUGUCCCUAUGGGUGUAUGUGCUUGUGUGUGUGAUGUGAGCGAAGGUCUCUUGUACACACACUUGGAUAUACAAUUCUGCAUGAACUCAUUCUUAUCAAAGGAACGAGCAUAUGAAGCAUUUACCCCGAUGGUUACCUAGGCCACAAUUAUUUGGACUUUGGGGAGAAAAAUCACUUUUUAAUUUUUUUAAGCAAACUUCUUUUAUACUUUUCAUACUUCUAAUCUCCAUCCCUGGACUUUUUGUAUUACAAAUAUUAGUGACGCUGAGAAGUGAAGUUGAUUUUAUGUGAUCUUCAUGCAUUGUAAUCUACUUUUGGUUAGAUAAAGGAGAGUCUCAAACCCUCAUUUAAAUGUGGUAUAUAAGACAGCUUUAAGCAUGAAAAUAUAAAGCAGCUUCCAUCGGAAACAUGGGACAGGCAGGGGUUUCACAGAAUUGCUGAAAUUUCUCAGUUGUAAGACAUGAUGUCAUCCUGCAUGCCUCCUGGAAUUCUCUUAUGGGAUUGCCAAAGAACAAACGGGGCGGGGGGGUGGGAGGAGAAAAAAGCUCUACUUCCUUGCAGUUUUCUACCUUUAAGUAGCAAAAUACCACUAUCACCAUCACCCCUUCCCCCACCCCCAAUCUUUUUUCUUAAAAUCCUCUGACAUUUCAGAGCUCAAGAUGCUACCUCUUGUUUCUGGGGAGCUGGGCUAGGCCUGAAACUUCCCCCUCCCCACAGUCAGGAGGCCCAGGGCCUGCUCUGUGAGAGAGAGCCCCUCACACUGCCUGGGCUCUUGGCCAAGCGGCCUUGGCUGCAUGAUGUCAGUGAGUGUGGGGGUGAGGGUGAGCUCAGGCAGGGCCUCUAGAGGAAGCCCUCCAGCCUCCGCCUUCCCCCACACCCAGGGUGGAAGCCCAGGCCUGUUCCUGACAGCUGUGGCUGCAGCUGUGUGAUGCUGCCUCCUGGAAAGUGUGACAGGCCCAAGUGUUCCAGAGCGAUGGCCCAAGCUGGGGCUUAGAGACGCUAAUUUGGUUCUGUGUUUUGCCUCAAACUAUACAAAGUUCUGAAUACAUUUUCACACAGUCCAUAAGGGAGGGACCAACCCAGAUGCCAAGAUGAAUGUUCCUGAAACCAUGGCAUCUCCAUCUGCUAAGAUCACAGGGGGCGGUGGCAGUUAGGAGUUGCCAGCUUACAGACAGGCGUCUGAGCAGGGCCAGUCCCUGAAACGUCGUUUCUGAUGGUCUAUGUUGCACUGUGAACACAGUCUCAUGCUGUGCUCUUCAUUUCUUCCAGGGAUACUGACUAACAAAACAAUAAAAUCUUUUUCUUUUGUGUAUAUCUUC